CCCAGGUGGGUCGUACACACCUCUUCCGCCUGGGGUCCGGAAGGGUGAUGUGGCUGGGCUAUCUCUGGUCUCACUAUGUCUGCCAUUUUCAACUUUCAGAGUCUGUUGACUGUAAUCUUGCUGCUUAUAUGUACGUGUGCUUACAUCCGAUCCAUGGCACCCAGCAUCCUGGACAGAAAUAAAACUGGACUGUUGGGAAUAUUUUGGAAGUGCGCCAGAAUUGGUGAACGAAAGAGUCCAUAUGUUGCAGUGUGCUGUAUAGUGAUGGCCUUCAGCAUCCUCUUCAUACAAUAGUUUGGAAAAAUGCCAGAAUGCAAUUACCAUCAGAUUUCAGUGUGAACAAGGACUUACCUAUGGGAAAUAAUGGAAUGAAUGUUAACCUUUUUAUCUCUGAACACUGAAUGAGAUAAAUUUCCAGAUGCUUUUCCUCUAUUUUUAUGUUAUUGGACCAGUGUUCUAAAUACAUUGUUAAGAUGUAACCAUUUAAUACACAGAGUCUUACAGUCCGCAGUAAUCAACCCCAGUACUGUCAUUUUAAUACUACAUUCUGCAAAUGCCAUUCUGUUGUGUAAGACACUAAUUUUUCCUAAGGUGUCCUUAAGGUACAUAGAAGAAAACAAAAUUUAUACUCAAGUUCCUUUCAAAUUCCUAAAAAUGACAAAUCUUUAUGAAAGGAGUCCCUUUUUUGAAUAGCCUUUUUUUAUUGAGAAGAAAACGGUCCACUGUUGUGUUGAUAAGGGUUAUAUUCAUACUUAGUGAUGUUUACUUUUCCUCUGUACACAUCUCGAUCAUUAGCCAGUAUACCUCUACUUCUAUCAACUUCUGUGGUUGAUUACAGGUGUUAAAAGUAUUUAAAAUGAGCAUGUGCAGUUCUUAAGAAGAUAAAUGAGAUGUGAUUUAAAGAAGUACCAAGAAGAUGUUCAUAUUUAACAUAAAAAAAAGUUUAAAAAAUCAGUGGGUAUAGUAUCCUCUAAGGUCUAUGGUCAAGUAUAGAUGUCUUAAGCACAACUGUGACCAGUCAUUCUGUGAAAAAGACAAACUUCAUAAAAUGAAAAGAGUAAAAUACAAUUGGAGAAUAAUAAUACUAUAUGUGGUUUUUUUUUUAUCAUUUUUAGUGUCAACUCUUAAAAUCAAAUGCUUAAUUAUAUUAUCAAAAAAUGC